CUGUGCGUCAUUAGUCGGCUGCAGCGGCGGCUCCCAGCCUCUGUACUUCGAUGGUAGCUGCUCUGUGGGGAACCUGUGCCACGAGCUCAUUCACGCUCUGGGGAUGUACCACGAACACACCCGCAUGGACCGAGACCAGUACAUCUCUAUCAACUGGUCAAAAGUCAAGCCUGGCAAGAAGGGAAACUUUGAAAUAAGUGCUGGAAACACUCUGAACCUGCCGUAUGAUUACAACUCUAUAAUGCAUUAUGGACCGUCUUUCUUCAGUGUCGAUGGAACUCCAACCAUAUUGACCAAUGGGGGAUAUAAUAUUGGUCAAAGGAAAUACCUGAGCCAGCUGGAUAUCCAGAAACUGAACACACUCUACCACUGCUGAGAGUCCAACUGGUUUGAGUCCAACUGGUUUGAGUCCAACGAGGUUUAAUAAAGACUUUUAACUGA